UGUUUCCGGUUCCGGGUUUUGAUGGCUGUUUCCGGUUCCGAAUGCUGUCGGCUAAUGACAGGCAGAUGUCAGCAGCUUUGCUCCAAAUGUCAUUGUGUUACCGCGGAAUGCUGGCGGUGCGCAGCCGGGGAAGCGGUGCGCUAGGGCUGCUGUGCGGGCAGGAGAGGACGCUGUGUGUGCGGAGCUCGCAAAAACAGUCCGAAAAUGACACGCUGACCGAGCUGCAGAAUAACCCGCACUAUGAUAAAUACCGGGACAAGAUCCUCAGACUCCGAAGUUCUGACCCUGGCAAGUUUGAUGCUCGUAUGGAAACAAGGGAUGAAGUUAAGAAACAACCUCUUGGAUUUUCUAAACAGGCAGAAUUUGCUAAAUCUUUGGAGAGAAAGGGAAAUGCUUCAUCCAAAGGAUUCACAAAGAAUAAGACACUGGACUCUAUCCUGAAUCUAGAGCUGAUAAAAGACAAGAGUGCAUGUGAUAUUAUAGAGCUUUGGAAGCAGUACUAUUCUACAAAAGACACAGUAUUUGCUGUAAUACCGGGAGAAGCCUUUGAGCUAAUAUGGCAGAGAGCCCAGUCCUGCCCCUCGUUCUUGUAUGCAUUGCCGAGACAGGAAGGAUACGAGUUCUUCGUGGGCCAGUGGUCUGGAAAUGAGCUGCAUUUUACUUCAUUAAUCAAUAUCCAGACAGCCAGAGAUUCUGCUCCCAGCCAGUUAAUAUUGUACCACUUCACAGAACUGCAGAAAGACAAAGGAAUUGCGCUGAUGACAUCAGACAUUGACACCAAAUACCUGAACGUCCAUGAGGCUCAGUGCUUAGCCAAUCAAGUGCAGCUAUUUUACGCCACCGAUCAGUCGGAGUCAUUUGGACUGGUAGAAACUUUCAAUCACAAACCCGAUGAAUUUAAGUAUAUGUCUGUAGUUGCCUUUCUGGAGAAAAAUGGACUUGGAAAAAGUAUUGUGCACCUACAAGGAAAGAAUAAAGAUGACAAUUAGCCCUAAUGGAAACUAUGUGCUGUGUCUAUAGCAGCUUUGCAUCAAGCAGCAGGAGGCGCUUGUUUUUCUCAUUAUACAAACCUAUGGUCCACGAAAGUGGGGUUUUUUUUUACAACGUGAAUCUAGAGUGAAGAGGCCUGGAAAUGUCCAGUGACGGUUUUGCUGCUCAGCAUUACACCAUAAUGAACUUGCAUAGUUCCACUGAAAGUAUUGUGAGAUAUGGAUAACAAUAAACAAAAAGAAAUGUA